UAUUAGGGCAAAAACCCAAAAUCCCCCAAACCCCUCCUUUCCCAAACCCCUGUGCUCUCUCUCUCUCUCUCUCUCUCUCUCCGUCGCUGCACGUCGAGCUUGGUACGAGCAGAGCCGCGAAGCAGAGAGGUGAAAUCCGGCUCUUUUUUGGGUUCCUCAGAUGGCUUUGAGGGGCGUCUGGCAGCUCCAGAAGCUGAUUGUAAGCUAUUGCAACUGGGGAGGAAGUAGCCGCGGCAUGAGGGCAUUUAUGGAGUCUCAUCUGCCAGCAUUUAAGGAGGUUAACCCUCAGUUAGAAGUUGCCACUGAACUCAUUCGUGGCCAGCAUCCACAUCUGAAGGCCUUUUAUAAGAACAAGAACCAGCGGGUGAUAUGCGUGAAGAAUAUGAGCCCUGAGGACAUCCUCCUACAUGCAACCAGGUUAAGGAAUGCACUGGGAAGAAAAGUUGUGAAGCUGAAGACGAGACAUGUGACAAAGCAUCCCAGUGUGCAGGGUACGUGGACGACUGCUGUCAAGUUUUGAGCUGCGAAAUAACCGGUUAAAGAUUUCUGAUUUGGAGUACUGCGGCAUACGUUGUAAUUUUGCGAUCGAUGACCUCAUGUCGGGUCCAUUUAAAGCACAAGUUGUUGUCAUGGUUUAGAGGCUAUAAAUUCCAUUAAAUAGGACUGCAGCAGCUUUCACUUCGUGGUUGGUGCAUUUUUCAUUCUUCUGGCUUUUUCUAGUUAUCCUUUUCUUUUCUCUCUAUUUUUUUGAGAAAUGCUUCGGGGGUGAAUAAGUAGGGAAGCUAGGGUCAUUUGACAGAGACAAAGACCUAGCAUGUGCUAUGGACAUCAUUUUAGCGUGCGAGAAUUCAGCAGCACUGAGAGCGAGUUCUCCUGAUUUGUGGAAGAGAACUCCAAAGAAAGAAAAUGUUUUGUUUUUGCGGUUGUGCUUCGGCUCUUGUGCAAUUGUCUGCAUUACAAGGAUUUUCUUUUAUUUUUGAA